CACAACAUCCCUUGGUCCCGCUGCCCUGAGCCUGGCAAGGGAACAGGACGGAGCCGGUGGGAGGCCAGCGCUGCCAGGGAAGGACAGGCAGCCCCCAGGACAGCAGGACUAAGGGACAAGAGAUUUGUCAUGGACUACAUGCUGGAGACCAGCCAGCUAAAGCAGAAGCUUCUGAAAACCAUCUACAGCCUCCAGGUGAAGUCAUUCACCACACUGCAGUCAGCCAGCCCACUGCUGCACAGCCAGAGUGGCAUGGGCAUGGUGACCCAGCACCAGGUCCACCAGCUGGCAGAUAAGGCCAAAAGGCUGUGUGGAGAUCUGGACAACAUCAAGAACCUCCUCCACUAUUGCCAGGAUGACUUGGUCCGGCAGAUUCCCAACCCCAGUGGCAGCCGCUAUGGAGGUGUCAGUGGAAUCCAUUGCUCCCUGGAUGGCUCCAUCUACGUGACAGCUGAGAGCGCUCCCUGGGUCCACGUCCUCAGCAGCACAGGCCACACACGGCAGUCCCUGCCCUGCCAGCAAGCAGGCAAGGGAGGCAGCAUUUUCUUGCCAGAAGAUGUGACUGUGACUAGGAUGGGAAUGGUGGCUGUAACUGACGUGGUGAAUGAAGCCAUCUGGAUCUUCAACCCUCACACCAGCCUCUCCAAGCGGGAAUGGAUAAAGAUCAGGAAGGUUGGUUCCCCCAGGGGUAUUGGAGUAGACUCCAUGGGCAACAUCCUGGUAGCAGACUAUGCACAAGGCCAGGUGCACAGCUUUGCUCUGGACCAUGCCUUCAGGACAGUCAAUGUCCACUCUGUCCCCAGUCUGCAGGGACCUCGUUACGUCAGUCCGGUGCCCAGUGGAGGCUUUGUGGUGAGCGAGGAGUGUGGAGAUGUCAAGGUCUUCAUGAGCAGCCAUAAGCUCCUCUGCUCCCUCAGCAGGAAAUAUGGACACCAGUUUGGCAACCCUGCUGGGGUCUGCGUGGACACGGACGGCAGCAUCCUGGUGGCAGAUGAGCAGCGCCGCACAGUCCAUUUGUUCCCAGAGCAUGGAGCUCCCAUCUGCCUGGUGUCCACAGGGCUGCGGAGGCCCGCUGGCAUGGCUUGCUCCUCCUCUGGACACCUCUUUGUGACAGACACAGUGGAGAACUGUGUCAAAGUCUUUAAGUACUGUGUGAGGCCCCCAUACAGACACACCAAUGCUGGGGCAUCAUGUGCUGACCCCAACCAAACACACAGGUGGGGAGGGGGGGUGGUUCCCCUGCAGCCCCACUGAGCUGUGCAUCUGUUGGUGGGCUGAGAGCUCCACUGCUCUCACAGAUUCAUGUAAUAGAAUCAUGGAAUGGUUUGGGAGGAACCAUAAAGACCAUCUCAUGGCAGGGACACCUUCCACUAUCCCAGGUUGCUUCAAGCCCUGUCCAACCUGGCCUUGGACAUUUCCAGGGAUGGGACAUUGCCCCAGACUGACUGCCUGAUGGCCCCCAGCUUCUCCAGGACUAGAUCAGCUCUGGACUCACCAGAGUAUAUAAAGGAUGACCCAGAUACUCAGAAUUUGCCUUGCAUUGGUGCCUCAGCAAACUUGUUAUCACCACAUCCACAAUUCCUUGUAUGUUUUCCAAAGCUGAUAUAAAUAUUUCUCCUCCCUCCAUGAAAUUUUGAUGUGCCAUGGUCCCAUCUUCCUGAUGCCAGAGCAUGACUGGAGAGGUUAAGGCCAUGCCAGAAGUCCAUGGAAUCACACACUGGUUUAGACUGGGUCCUUAAAGAUCACCUAGAUCUACACCCUGCCAUGAGUAGGGACACCUUCCACUAGAUCAGGUUGCUCCAAGCCCUGUCCAGCCUGGCAUAACUGAGCCAACUGGUCUGUCCUAAUUCAUUCCCAGGCUAUUAGGGGGGAUUUUGCAAUUGGAGAACAGCACACUGGGUCUGCAGCAGACUUCGGGAAAAGGGUGAGAUGAAGGUAACUCCUUCUGUGCUGCAUUCCUGACCUCUACAGGGAAGCAACAACCACUGCACAGAGUAAAUUCCAUACGGAAAUGUGGAACUCCUCACAUUGCCCCACAUCCUGGGGCUGGAGCUGCCCUGUUGUCCUCAGGAGAGGAGGGAUCAGAGCCACGUCCACCGCCUUUAUCAGCAGGGGCCAGGGGAAGGCGGGCAGGGUGUGCCGACACAGGGAUGGGCGUUUUCCUCUCCCCACUCCAGCCCUCGGUGUGGGCAUGGAGCCUGACUCCUGGGUCUCUGCUGAUGUCCCAGACCCAAGUCACUGCCUCUGAUCCCAAAGAGAGCCUUGAUCCCUUCUGGCCCUGGAACAGGCACUGAACACAACAGACAGCCCGUGGUGCCCUCCAGGACCCCCUCCCUGCAGAGUGAGGCAGGAGCGGGGCUGCAGGGUCUGCAGGAACAGGGGGAUCAGCCUGUCCCAUCCCGGGAAGCUGAGCUCCCUCCUAGAAGACCAAAUCUUCCCCACCUUAUUUCCAAUUCUGUGGCAUCCAACAACAAAAAUACAUCCAACAACAACAAACCUUUUCUCUAGCCCACCCCCGACCUGCUCUCCCUUUCCAUGUGGGACCUUCUUAUGCUGCCCAGCAUCUUCCCAAGCUCCCUGGUCCAAGCCCACUGCCAGAUCACAGGACAAAACUCUCGGGCACUUGUUGACACCCGUGGGCCUCUGCUAGGCCAGGCAUCCACCGAGGCGCUCAGGAUGGGGGUCAAGAGCGUCCCAUCAGCACAGCCGAGCCCCUCGCCAGUGGCAUGGGAGACAACAGGGUGC